AUGGCUAGAACUAAACAAACAGCAAGAAAAUCCACUGGUGGUAAAGCCCCAAGAAAACAAUUAGCUUCUAAAGCUGCUAGAAAAUCAGCUCCAUCAACCGGUGGUGUUAAGAAACCUCACAGAUAUAAGCCUGGUACUGUUGCUUUAAGAGAAAUUAGAAGAUUUCAAAAAUCUACUGAAUUAUUAAUUAGAAAAUUACCUUUCCAAAGAUUAGUUCGUGAAAUUGCUCAAGAUUUUAAAACUGAUUUAAGAUUUCAAUCUUCUGCUAUCGGUGCUUUACAAGAAUCUGUUGAAGCUUAUUUAGUUUCUUUAUUCGAAGAUACUAACUUAUGUGCUAUCCAUGCUAAAAGAGUUACUAUUCAAAAGAAAGAUAUUCAAUUAGCUAGAAGAUUAAGAGGUGAAAGAUCUUAG